CAGGAGGACUAGAAAUUUUAUGCUCAUCCCCCAGUGAUCAAGUGCACUGCGAAGAGUUGACAAUGAGCAUGGAAACCGCUGUUAUGGAACCCCAAUCUUCUACCACUCCUGACUCCCCCAGUACACGCUCGAGAAGACAGAUUCCUCGUCACCUCUGGCAGCCUGAUGGCGAGGCUGAUCGCUGCUCGAUUGCGUCAUGCAGCUCGACGUUCAACAAGUGGACGAUCGGAGUGAGCGGGAGGCAUCACUGCAGAGUGUGCGGGAGAGUGGUCUGCCAGCAGUGCUCCCGUGGCACUAUAAACCUUCUGCCCUCGAAUGGUGGGAGAGCGUCGCUAGCUCGACCAGUCAGAGUAUGUGAUGCUUGUCGUCUCACUCAUGGGAAAGUUGAACUCAAGCCCUCCUACUUUGUAUCUAUUUUGUCGACCAUGAAUGCGAUGACUACAAACUUUCGGCGAAGGAAAAUAAACUCGACUCUUAUCUCGUCGGCACCUGCACUGGCGCGAUCUAGCUCGUCCUCCGAUCUUGGACAGAAUGUGGACGUUUCGUCAGUGAUGCCAACACUCAGGCACAGUGCAUCAGCUCCCUGCCUUCUGUCGAGCACGUUGAACAUGGAAGAGUUGGCGCACUCGAACCCUUCGGUCACAGGGCAGUCGGACGACGAACACUCGCAUGCGGAAACUCCAAACUCUACUAUCGUGCAGGGUCACGAGCAAGGAAGCUGUAACAUGUUGAACCCAUCGCUGCCUUUGCAGAUUCCUAGCGGCACGGGGCAGUUGAAGAGCAACCAAGCAACCAAGCCGGACAAUGACAAGAAUGCGGGACAGAAGAUGGAAGAGCUUGUGGGAGGGAGUGACCACGUCUCGAAGAGACUUAAAGUUCUCAAGGAGGCGCUGGAGAAAUUCUCUUUCUACGAGGGGCUUCUGCAGCAUGAGCCAGCGGCACUUAGAGCUCUUCUGGUAGCUGAGGCUGGAGGAUGCCUUCCAAGUCACCAGCAGUGAUACCGCAAAGUGAGGCUUCACGUACGGGCUUUACAGUGAACCCUGUGCGUUGUUGUGGAGUCACGAGGUUUUUUGCUGGGAUGUCUACCCAAGACUUUCCCUGCUGAGUUUUGUACGAUUAGAGAGCGAGAACGAUGUGUUAGGCUCGUCAAGCUCUUGUUGUGAUCAUAGUACAGUAAACAUCACGGUCACCGU